UUCCCAAUGGGCCAAGCCCAUAUGUAAACCCACACCAAGCCCAUAAAAAGGUUAGAAAACCCUGUUCUUUUCUUUCUAUCAUCAACGAGGUUUUGAGUCGUCGAAGAAACCCUUUCAGCGAGUGCCGCCGCCGCAGACCUCUUCCCUGCAGCACCGCAUUCAACAUGUCUCUCGUGGCAAAUGAAGAAUUUCAACACAUUCUUCGUGUUUUGAACACAAACGUUGAUGGCAAGCAGAAGAUAAUGUUUGCCCUUACCUCAAUUAAGGGUAUUGGAAGGAGAUUUGCUAAUAUUUGCUGUAAGAAGGCUGAUGUUGACAUGAACAAAAGAGCUGGUGAGCUUAGUGCUGCUGAGUUGGACAAUCUGAUGACUGUGGUUGCCAAUCCUAGGCAAUUCAAGAUUCCUGAUUGGUUUUUGAACAGAAAGAAGGAUUACAAGGAUGGCAAGUUUUCUCAGGUUGUUUCAAAUUCAUUGGAUAUGAAGUUGAGGGAUGACUUGGAGAGACUCAAGAAAAUCAGGAACCACCGAGGUUUGAGACACUACUGGGGUCUUCGUGUACGUGGUCAGCAUACCAAGACUACCGGUCGUCGGGGUAAAACAGUUGGUGUCUCAAAGAAGCGCUGAGUUAUUAUGUUUUUUAUCUUUGUAUUUCUUUCUUUGAUUUUUGAAGAAUGAGUUAUGUUAUUCUGUUAAAGACUUGUUUAUCUUUUCCUCUGAGAAUGUAUUCGAAUUUUGUUGCAUCUGAAUAUGGAUUGUGGCCAGCUUCGUUGAUAUUAUUUUAAAAUUGAUCACUAUUAUAGCUCUAA